AUGGACACCGAAGUAACAGAAUCAAAUCGACCAAAUCUUAUUAAAAAGAAAAAUACAAAGAGCACUGCAUGGAAUUUUUUCGGAAUCGAGGCAGACGAACAUGGCGUAUCAAUACCAUCACAAGAGCAUCGGCUCAUUUGCAGGAUAUGCUACAAGUCAGUGCCAUGUAAAACUGGCAACACCACAAAUUUGUUUAGUCAUCUUCGUGAACGACACCCCGAUGCAUACAAAGAAGCAAAUCAAGGAAAUAUGAACACAAAGAAAGCAUCAAGGAGUCAAGGUAUGCAGCCAACACUUGAGACUGUUGUUGAGCGCUCAACUCAUUAUGAUCCCAAAGGUAGCCAAGCAAAAGAACUGAAUCAUGCAGUAGCUUAUUUUUUAGCGAAAGACAUGCAACCAUUGCAGACAGUGGAAAAACCUGGGUUUAAAAAGAUGAUUGCCAAAUUAAACCCUAGAUACAAGCUCCCUUCGAGAAAGCACUUUUCACAACAAGAAAUUCCACGUUUAUAUAAUCAGGUAAAAGAAACAGUGGUUAAUCCCAAGCUAAGCCAAAUUGACUUUUUUUCUGCUACAACAGACUUAUGGACCAGCAGGGCAACGCACCCUUACUUGAGUUAUACAGUUCAUUUCAUUGAUUCCGCAUGGGGACUUCAGUCAAUUUGCCUUGAGACCGUGCCCUUGUUUGAAGAUCAUACUGGAGAAAACAUUAUUGAGUCCAUCAAUGAUAUAUUGAGCAAUUGGAACCUUUCAACUGAUAAGCUAGUCCUUACUGCAACGGACAAUGGCAGUAAUUUUAUUGCUGGGUUUCACUCGCGUGGUUGGUUACGAUUGAGCUGUUUUGGACAUUGUUUAGACCUUGCUAUUAACAAGUGCUUGGAAAUGCAAAGAGUACAAAGGUCAGUGAGACGAUGUAACGCUCUAGUAGCAUCAUUUAGUCGAAGCUGGAAGAAGCAGAGGAACCUCAAAGAGAAACAAAGUCAGCUGGGUCUUCCAGAACACAAGCUUGUUGGUGCAGUUACCACACGUUGGAACUCAACUUACGACAUGGUGGAAAGAAUAUUGGAACAGCAGCAAGCGUUGUCAGCUGUCCUUCUCGAAGACAGAAAGUCGUGGUGCCUUAUGCUAAAUGAUGCAGAUGUUACAGUGCUAGAGACGUUUGCUGAACUUGUCAAACCUCUAUCAUAUCUCACAGAUGCUUUAUCCGGAGAGAAAGAAGUAACCUGUUCUGCCAUCCGACCACUUUUACAGCAUGUGAUGGAAAUUUGCGAAGAGAACGAUGAAGACAGUCCUCUUUUAGUCCAAAUGAAGUCCGCUAUUUCUGGUAACCUCUCUCCACGCUAUGAAUCAGCUGCAAUAUGUAUAAUUAUUGAUAAAUGUAGCUUUCUUGAUCCAAGAUUCAAAGCGAACUAUGUUGCUGACACAGAUCUAGUCAAGUCUAACGUAUUGACAGAAAUGUUAAAGCAACAUGACCAACAUCGAGGUGAGUCAGAUGAUGCUGAUGAUCAUCGUUUAACUAUUAACCCACAACAAGACUCACAAGAGUCACUCGAACCACCACUACCCAAAAAGGCAAAAGGUCUUACAGCUAUUUUAAAUAAGCUUCCAAGGUCAAAUGUUUCCAAUCAGGGAACUGUUCCUCUAAGAGCAAGGGCGGAAAAAGAGAUGGAUAACUAUUUGGCGCAACCGUGUAUAGAGACAGAUAGUAAUCCACUUUUGUGGUGGAAAAACAAUUGCGUAUAUUUUCCUCUUCUUGCUGUAAUGGCCAAAAAGUAUCUUUGCAUUCCAGCAACAAGUGUACCGUCAGAACGUGUAUUCAGCAAGGGAGGGAUUAUUGUAAAUGCUUUUCGUAGUAGGUUGAAACCACAACAUGUUAAUAGUCUAGUUUUCCUUUCAAAAAACAUGGAAUAA